UUCGCCGCUGCAGUCUAUCCUUCACCCUCACCCGCACUCAGAGAUCAGAGACACCACUCGGCCACUCCUUCUUCCUUGACCACCACCGGAGACUGCUUGCCGGAGAUCGUCCGCCCAUCCUCGCGUUCGUACCUCUUCGUCGCGUGCUUCCUCUCGCCGCUUUUCCUUGCGUUCAUCCCUCCCUCUUCCUGGUUUAGAGGUUCUCGUCGCCUCGCGUUCUUGUCGCGUUAUCACCGUCAGUCGUACUCAGUUCCUGCCACGUUCCCAUCCUCUCAGUCCGUGGUGCUCUGUUCUCGCUGCCUUGACGUCCUCGCCGCCUUGCCUUACUGCCGCAUCGCCGUCCUCCGUUCUCGUCGGUUCACCGUCCUCCUUUCAGCGAAUCAGCUUCAUUGUUCAGGACUUCAGUUUUGUUAGGGUUUCAACACUACACUCUUCCAGCACGAUUAGGGUCCUCAAGCUUCAACAAACAUGGCUGACAAAGCGGUUACCAUCAGAACAAGGAAGUUUAUGACUAACAGGCUCCUCUCCAGAAAGCAAUUCGUCAUUGAUGUUCUUCAUCCAGGGAGGGCAAAUGUUUCUAAGGCUGAGCUUAAGGAGAAGCUUGCUAGAAUCUAUGAUGUUAAGGACCCCAACACCGUGUUUGUGUUUAAGUUCCGCACCCAUUUCGGAGGUGGCAAAUCCACUGGUUUUGGUUUGAUUUAUGACACUGUUGAGAAUGCGAAGAAGUAUGAGCCUAAGUACAGACUAAUUAGGAAUGGACUUGAUACUAAGGUUGAAAAGUCAAGGAAGCAAAUGAAGGAGAGAAAGAACAGGGCAAAGAAGAUCCGUGGAGUAAAGAAGACCAAGGCUUCUGAUGCUGCCAAGGCUGGAAAGAAGAAAUGAGUUUUCAAACAUCUUGGUUUUGAUUUUAAGGUUGUGUUGGAAUUUUGUAAUGGAUAUUUUAUUUUUUAAAUUCCUAGAAUGAGCUGUUUCAGUAUAUGACGACGUGAUCUUUUUGCCUUUCAAAUUAUUAAUCUUUAGUUACAACUUAAGAUUGAGGAGAAAUCAGUUGAUCACUUACGAAUGUUUCAAAUGUUUGCUAGACUGUGAUUAUGACUUCCUAUGGUGCUUGAAAA